AUGGCUUCGUCAAAAAUAUUUAUUCUUGGAGCUGGCAGUGUUGGAAGCUUAGUUGCGACCAGCAUUGAAUCCACUAUUCCUAAAUGUGCAGAUGUUGCCCUGGUUCUUAAGUCAAAAGAGAGGUUGCAGCACUAUAUUCACCAUGAUUCGACUCUCAGAUUAUGGCGAAAUAUUGGCUCGCAAAUGAUGAUUGAAAAGAAGAUUCCUGCCCAUGCUCAGUACCCGAAACUUGGGAAUAGCACUGACAGACCAUUGCCCAUUGAAAACUUAAUUGUCACUACUAAGGCUACUCAGACUGAAUCAGCCAUUAGGGCCAUAUUACCAUCUAUUACUCCCAAUACAAGGAUAUUAUUAUUACAAAAUGGCAUUGGCACUUAUGAGAAGCUAUGUGAGAAGUUCUGGCCUGAAAAGUCGUCGAGACCAUAUUUUUUGCUCGGUAUUACAUCUCAUGGAGUACGUCCAGCAGAUAUUCCAUGGACUUAUAAGCAUGUCGGUAAUGGUGAUCUUAAACUGACCCAGGUGCCUGAUUCUGUCGACCCUCUACAGGUGCUACAAUUGCAAUCACAAUCACAUACACAUACAUAUACCCACUCACAGUCGCAGAAGGGCGAAUCUGAUCUGGACUAUUCUCACCGCGAAUAUACCACAUCUGUAAAUGGAGAACCAACAGCCUCGGAGGAAUCUGUCAAAUCUGAUCAAAUAGAUUUUGAUGUUAAUCUGCAUAAAGCACGCAGAGGUCAACCUACCGACUCGGAGGAAUCUGUUAAGGCUGAUUAUUCGGGAUUACAGAUUCAUCUUGAGAAAAUUCGCAAGGGCAGCCCGACAGACUCGGAAGAAGCAGUGAGAGCAGAAUAUUCAGAUCUCGAUGUUAAUUUACAAAAAGCACGUAGAGGCGGCCCUACUGACUCUGAAGAAUCGGUAAGAGCCGAUACUGUACAAGACCCAUUACCAUAUUCAAAACUAUCAUCCCGUGUUAAUAUGGAUAUCAGUACCCCAAGACCAACUGAGUCGGAGGAGGCUGUGAAAUCCGAGUAUUCUGAGGCAGAGAUUAUAGUUAAGAAGGGCAACGAAGUUUAUUACACUGAAUCUGAGGAGGCAGUAAAAGCAGACUAUUCAGACCCGUUGCAUCCUCAUCAAAGGGCAAGUUCACGAAUUGGGUCUGUACAACCCAAUAUAGAGCAUACACAUGAGCCUACUGACUCCGAAGCAUCGGUUAAAGCAGAGUACAGCGAUCCAUUGCAUCCUCACCAAAAAGCCAGUGCUCAAGCUGGUUCUGUACAACCCUGUGUGGACGAUACUAGUGCUCCGACCGACUCCGAGGCAUCUGUUAAGGCAGAUUACCAUGAUCCACUGCAACCCCACCAGAAGGCCAGUUCUAAGGUUGGUCACCAAAGCAGCGAGUCAUCUCAGCCAAAUAUUGAACACACUAGUGACCCUACUGAUUCUGAGGUAUCUGUCAAGGCCGAUUACGAAGAUCCCUUACACGAACAUCAGAAAGCCAGUGCCAAAGCCAGUGGCUCUGUACAGCCAAAUGUCGACCAUAGUCAAGAAGUUACUGACUCCGAGGCAUCUGUAAAAGCUGACUAUAGUGACCCAUUACACCCUCACCAAAAAGCCAGUGCCAAGGCAAGCAGCUCCGCAAGUCCUAAUGUCGAACACACCAGUCAACCUACUGAUUCUGAAGCAUCUGUUAAAGCUGAAUAUCAUGAUCCAUUACAUCCUCAUCAGAAAGCAAGUGCCAAAGCCAGCAGCAAAGUUAGUGGUGAUUCAUCUGAUCCUAGCGUCAAACAUACAAGCCAGCCCACUGACUCUGAAGAGUCUGUAAAGGCUGAUUACGAGGAUCCAUUACAUACACACCAGAAAGCCAGCUCUCGAACUGGGUUUGUGGGGCCCAAUGUUGAGAAUACCUCGGACCCGACUGACAGUGAAGAGUCCGUCAAAGCUGACUACUCUGAUCCAUUAAAUCCAUACCAGAAAGCAAGUGCCAAGGUUGGCCAAGUGGAACCAAAUGUCUACGACACUACUGACCCGACCUUGUCAGAAGCAUCUGUUAAAGCUGACUAUGCUCCACCGCUUGUUGACAGCGAGCAUCAUCUGCUAACGUCACAAGACCUACCAGCUAUCUUUAAAGCUCUGUUAUCUACCAAAUCACUCCUGAACGCACGAGUGCUUCCAUACUCUGAAUUCAAGGUUGCACAAUACGAAAAACUCAUUGUGAACGCAGCUAUCAACCCCUUGACUGCUAUAUUCCGAUGCACUAAUGGCCAACUGUUGGAGAUGGAGAAUUCAGAGAAAGUUCUCUACGACAUUGUCAAAGAGAGUUGCUCGAUUCUGAAGACCCAUGCUCGUGCUACCUUCGCGGAAGACGACCUACUACUUGUAAAUACCCAAUUGAAUCCCCAUCGCAUGCUCCGUGUCGUUCAGGACGUGUGCCGCUCGACUGCCAACAACAAAUCGUCGAUGCUGGUUGACGUCGAGCGAGGAAACUCUACCGAGCUCCCCUACAUCAACGGCUACCUAAUCGAGCUUGGCAAACAGCACCGCAAGCGAACGGACCGCAACUCCAUGUUGGCUCAGCUCGUCCAGAUCCAACUGGCCAUCUCGCGAAAAUCCGAAAAGAGCUACGUUCCUCUUUCCCUUGAUAUUUAA